CUUCUGUGUGGGGCGUUCAGCUCGGCGGCGUCGCGCCCACCUCCCUCUCUCCAGCUCCGGGAAUCGGACUGACUUUCUGGCUCCGGCAGCACCGACAAACCCCGCUCUGCUCCUCCAGGACUGAUCAACGCCCAGAGUCUGGGAUAAAUCUCAAUUUGAAGUUUUCUUUCCAUUUCCUGUUGGGUUUUCUUUCCGCCGUCCUAGCGGAAGCAGCAGCGGCAGCACUGAUUCCCUCGCUGGCGUCGGACGGAGCGGGGAUUCAACUUAGACGAACCCGCAGACAUUUUGUUAUUUCUGAGAAUUAGACGCGUUUCUUUCUCCUCGUCGCUGCGGAGCGAAGUGGGAGCGUGUGAAGGGGCCGACGCAAGACCCGGGGAGAAGAAGCCAUUACCGAGCUAGCUGCAGCACCGGACGUGUCCGCGUGUGGAACGUUAUUCAUUUACCCGCGUUUAGCUCGCGUCGCUGCCGCUGGUGCGUCGAGGCGGAAAAACAGCGAUGAAUCAUUUUGACGGACAGCGUCUGAAGAAUUAGCUGAAGCACGGAGGAGCCCGGCUGAUGGUGCUUUGCUGCGCGCAGACACAGUAAACAGAGGGGGACAGGCACCGCUCAACGCUGCUCCAUCACCCAGACGAGACCCAGAGACCCUUCCCCACCGCGCUCGCCCUCCGCGUAGAGUUUAUUUCUGUUGAUUCCGGUGUGUUUUUCCGGGGGGAGCUGGGUCGCUAGCUACCGCGCAAGCUAGUCCACCGGCUAACGCUGGACAGCUCCUGGUGAAGGCUGGGCUAGCUGUGGACAAAGGAGCACCGCGAGGUGAAAAAUUACAAACACAGGGCACACAGUUGAUCGUGUUUAGGAAGGAGAGCAACAAACAAGGGACUGACAUGAUGUUUCCACAAUCCAGACACUCAGCUUCAUCGCAGCAGCUGAAAUUCACAACCUCCGACUCCUGUGACAGGAUCAAGGAUGAGUUCCAGUUCCUCCAAGCACAAUACCACAGUUUGAAGCUUGAGUGUGACAAGUUGGCCAGUGAGAAGUCAGAGAUGCAGCGUCAUUAUAUCAUGUACUACGAGAUGUCCUAUGGGCUCAAUAUUGAGAUGCACAAACAGGCUGAGAUAGUGAAGAGAUUGAAUGGGAUCUGUGCACAAGUCCUCCCCUACCUGUCUCAGGAGCACCAGCAGCAGGUUCUGGCAGCCAUAGAGAGGGCCAAGCAGGUCACCCCUCCAGAGAUGAACUCCAUCAUAAGGUGCUGCAGAUUUUCCAUUUUCUACAGACAGCAGCUCCAGGCUCACCAGCUGUCACAGCUCCAGGGCCUGGCCCUACCCAUGACCCCCCUGCCUCUGGGCCUGAGCCAGCCAUCCCUCCCCGCUGUCACCACCUCCUCCGGUCUCUUCUCCCUCUCCUCCCUGCUGGCCUCCCAAGCCCAGCUGGCCAAGGAGGAGAAAGCGUCACGUGAAGGAGUCGACAGCCACCGCGAGGAAGAUGGAGACAAGUCUGAUUAGAUGGUUUCCAGUUCAGCUCUGUUUCUAUCCAGAGACCUGAAUCCAGAGAUCCGAGCCCCCUUGGCCUACAGUCGCUCUCCUGGUCUCCCUCUAUCUGACCUUAGCUAUCAUUGGCUUUAAUCCCUUCACCAUUUACCAUUUACCUGGAUGUUUUUUAUCCUCCCUUCUCUCUAUCACAUCAGUGUCUCUUUCUUGUAUCCUGUGUCUUUUCUUCAAACACUCUCUUUUUUUGUAUGUAAUACAACUUUGUUUCUACCAUGUUUUUUUCUUUUUUUAUCAGGACUACUUUCUAUUUCGGUUGCUUCCUGCCGUCCUGUUGCUCUGUCUCAUGUUUAGUUUCAGGUUUUUUUUCCACCAUCCCUCUCUUCCUGUCCCCCCAUCCCCCCCACCUCUUGCCUCUGCUCUGAGGGGGCUUAGACAGCACUGUCAGACAGGACUGAUCUGUGGGAAUGAACACACAGUCCUGUAGGUGUUAAAACAAGCUAAAUGUUAAACAGAGUGAUUCUUUGGCGAGUUGUAAAACCAGUCGCACACAUCCCAUCAUUCCUACAAAACUCACUUUCCUAAGAUAAGGUCUCACAUAGCUUAAUAGUGUUGAUUUAAUUUUUGGUGGCAGUUCACAUUGCAUGCAUUCAUUCAAACAUAAAAUUGGCCGCGAGUUUAAAUCAUAGAAUUGUUUGAAAAUUGCCUAAUGCCCAAACUAAAGGGAGAGAUACAGCUACCGUCACAUUCUGACCAAAAUAGUUUUAAUAAGACACCUCCAGAAAAAUAGAGAUUGUGUAUAAUCCUGAAUUUGUAUGGAGAAAGGAAAAGCACCUUGUAAGAGCUAACCUCCUGCUGAGAGCUGUCAGUCUAGAUAACAAACCCACCUUAGUAAGUAAUCCCCCCUAUUUACGAUCCUCCUCGCCUGACCCUGUGAGGUACGUCAGAUCAAUCCGCCCAGCACCUUAAAUAAAAGGCAACUUUUUUUUAAUCAGACAUUAACGAGAGCAGAGGUAGCAACAAAAAGAACCGAGAUGCCACUCGUGCAACCCCCCCCACCGCCCCUUUCAUCUUUAAUGUGCACUAAUAUUAGAGCAGACACUUGCAGGGAGAGAGCGUGCAUGUUGUGUGUUUGACAGCAGAGGGCAGCGUGUGUCUUUGAAGAAGUGUCCUUCAUGGGCUCAGGCUUGAGCUAAAAACAAGGACAGGACAGAGAGCAAGCUGGGUCACGAGGGGAACGGCUUAUUUAUCCUCGCUGAGUGUACAAACUUAAUAAACAGAGACGAGACUGGAGACGUUAAAACUCUGCAUGCGGUCCGUCCCAGUCCCUGUCAUGAACCAGAUCUUGAGGAGUAGCCUUUGGUCUAUUUUAAGAAACAUCUGUGUCCUCCCAUUAAGAUGGAAACAUUGUCCCUCUGUACAUUCAGAUUCUCUCCGUGCGUUUUGAUUCACUGUGAACACACAGGUCUGCCACAUAUUUGACUAACACGACAUUGCGCAGGUGAUUUAACAUCUUAAUACGCCACUGAGUGGGAAAUCUCCAAGAUCUAACAAACUCAUAUCAGACAGAUGCAGCACUGAAAGCUUCUUCAGCUCCGUCAGUCCCACCCACCCUGCUGUUUUCAUUUAUAAUGUUACUCCGUCUGAUUAGACCUCUCGUCAGGGGGAAGUUGAAAGUGUCUACAUGAACUGGCUGCCAUUUUAUUUGAGUAUGGCAACACUGUAAACGUUAUAGUGCCCUCAGUGGCCCAGUGGUUCAAACACAGGCCGUACAGUAUGUUUACAAGGUCCCCGGCUUGUGGACUUUAGCUGCAUCUUCUUCCUGUCAUUUCUUCAAUGUCUGACUUGGAAGCAAAAAUGAUCUAAAAGUGCUAAAUAAAUAUCCCACAACUUCAGAAUUCAAAAGUAAACAAAACAAAAAAGAUCCAAAGUAGGUUUUAGUGAAAUGAGGGUAAUUAUCGCCAUGUAAAUAAAACGUUUUCAAUUUGGUUGAAUCCAUUUUCCCCUGGUCAUCAUCACACACUGUGUAGUGGCUCCACCUCCCCAGUUUGAGAACCACUCUAGAAAAACAACGGAGUAACAUAAUCUAUGUGAAUGAGGGAGUGAUUUCAGACAAUGUCUAUGUACUAUUGAUUCCCAUGUUUAUAAGUCAAGCUGUCAGUAAACAACAGAAGGACUGAAGAGUUGCGUGUUCUCUGUGAAGGUUACAAACACUGUGAAUUGACAACAUACCACUCUUUCCAUUACAUUUCAGUUUAAUUAUAAAGGGCUUUGGUUGACAUGAGGCAUUUGGCUUUCAGGCAUGUGUCUGAUAUAUUAAAGGCAAUGUCACACACACACACACACAUCAGUUUUCAGGGAAAAAGAGUCUUUCCCACUUUCUAAAACUUUAACUCUGAUGACAUGACGGCAGCAAAACAUGUGCAACAAAACUACUGGCGGUGUGACGGAGCGUAAUCUCCACAUCAUGUGAAACGGGGCAUACAUUCAUACUUUAGUCAUGUGCACAAAGCCGUCAGCAGAUGGUACUCUGCCGAAAGACCAACCUUUCCAUCGCCAUGUCCAGUUAGUGCACGACAGCCAUGACAACGCUACGUGUUCUACAUGUGAGUGCACUGACUUGAGAGACAGAGUCACGUGAGGAGGUCUAAUCAGGCAGCAUGAGUGAAAACACGUGUGUGUGCUUGGGCACCUGUGUAAAGGCUUUAAUAAGGUCUGUAGGAGCCAAGACGGCUCCAUCACAUGUUUGAAAAGUUUGAAGCAGGAUGAAAUUCACAAACACAUAUUUCCAGCAGAAAAAUCCUUAGUGGUAUCGAACUUGUGACACUGUAGGUCCACAGAGGCGAUCGGAUUUAGUGGUGACCUGUGUUUGUAUGAUUGUUGAUUUGACAUUAUGUUUUACACAUACACACACACACACACUUUCUCAGCCUCCCCUCUGUUUUAAUGGCUUUAGUGUGAGUGAAUGGAUAUGAAGAGUUUCAUUCUCAAACUUUUUACACAUGUUAAAACAAUCUCUGGAACAAUGAUGAAGCACAUUUUAUUGUUGACGUCACCGUAAAACUGCUGAUUCAUGUGCGAGUUUGACACAGUGGAAAUUCAGGAAGCAAAAAAACCAACAUCUCCAUAUAAAGGAAUCUCAGAAUGAAACCCUUUGUGUGUGUGAACGUGUCUGUGGGGCGAUCCUGCAGCUUUGUGUACGCAUGUGAGCGAGGUGUGUGUGUGUAAACAGUUGUACAGGUUCGGCCGUCAGUGAUAAACCACAGAAAUGAAAUGCAUCGCUGUUCUUACAAACGCUUACAUGCUCGUGAAUUUAAGCUUGCAGCACAUCGUCGUCCCAUCUAGCCACAUGCUGUAUGUAUCUAGCUACAUACUGUACUUGUCGUAGUGAUAUGCAGAGCAUGUAGACAAAGUGACACACACCCACACAUAACUGCAUGUCUGCGGGGGAACUGAGAGUGAUUUCUUUCUAGUGGAGACAUUUUUUUUAAAAGAAUGUUUGUUCCAGGUUUUCUGUGAUCAAUGCACUUGGUUUUUCUUUUUUUCUUUUUUUUUCUUUUUUAAAAUCUGUUUUCUUUCUUUUUUUUAUUCGAUAUGAACUAGAACCAGAGUUACAAAGCUGACGUUAUAAACAUAGAAAUGAGAAUCUAUGUAUUUGUUAAGUAGUGGGAGGUGCUGGCCUCUGUAUACAGUUAUACAUAGAAAGCUUUAUGUGUAUAUGGCUGCAUCUUCUCUUGUCUGUCCUUGAUGAUUCUUGUGCUAUUGUGUUACAAACCUGAUGUGACACCAGGGGGGAAACAACUGCAGUACGUUGACCUUUUUUUGCCCUUUGACCUCUUUUCCUCCUCUCUGAUCCCCCCCCCACCCAUCCCACCUCAUCCCCUUUACUCCCGCGCCACAUUACCCCCCCGAACCCAAACUUUUUGCCCCCAUAGCGUGAAGCAUUGUAAGCGUUUUGAGCUUUGUAAAGGUCUUUUUUAAAUACUUAUUUUGUGUAUAAUGUAAAACCUGAAAGUGUGUACUUUGGCGGAAAAAAAAAAAUGUUUUUGUGUCUGGAACCAUAGCUUCAUUUAAACAAAUAAACAACAACUACAACAAAAAGAAACUAUAAAAAAAAAAGUACAACAAACAUUUACUAUAAAUAAUAUGAAAUGUUCUGCAGUAAAGAAGGACUUCUUGUGCCUUACAAAUAAAGUCAAUCAAAUCAUAUAAGAAA